CCCGCUCCCGGCCCCGCUCCCGGCCCCGCGCGUCGCUCCGGCGACGAGGCAGAGCGGCCCGGCGGCGGUUGGCGGCGGUUGGCGGCGGGAGGCGGCGGGGCCGGCCCGGGAUCGGCGGCGGCGGGUGAGGCGGGUGAGGCGGCCUCUCGGCUGGCAGCGUCCGUAGCGCCGCAGAUCUAUGCAAGAAUGGUCAUGUACUUCUGUCUCUUAAACUUUAUAUCUGGAUCUCAAAGCAGCUGUAAUUUGGAGGAGACUAGUGAAUAUCCUGCUCCAUUAUGAGAAGACAUAAACCAACAUAAAACAGUCUGGAAGAAGAUUUAUCUAAGAAAAAUCAAACAAUCCUUUAAUAAAACAGAAGACAUUUAGCUUUUAAUAAGGUUUUAGCUAUCCAGGUCUUAAAAAAAAAAAUAAAAAUGAACCGUUACACAAUCAUGAAACAACUGGGUGAUGGCACCUAUGGCAGUGUGUUGAUGGGGAAGAGCAAUGAGUCAGGAGAACUUGUGGCUAUCAAAAGAAUGAAAAGAAAGUUCUAUUCAUGGGAUGAAUGUAUGAAUUUGAGAGAAGUCAAGUCUCUGAAGAAGCUAAAUCAUGCCAAUGUAAUAAAACUGAAAGAAGUCAUACGAGAAAAUGACCACCUCUAUUUUGUAUUUGAAUACAUGAAGGAAAAUCUUUAUCAAUUAAUGAAGGACAGAAACAAGUUGUUCCCAGAGUCAGUCAUCAGAAACAUGAUGUAUCAGAUAUUACAAGGGCUAGCUUUUAUCCAUAAACACGGAUUUUUUCAUAGAGAUAUGAAGCCUGAGAACCUUCUCUGUAUUGGACCAGAACUUGUCAAAAUAGCAGAUUUUGGUUUGGCUAGAGAACUAAGAUCUCAGCCACCAUAUACAGAUUAUGUUUCUACUAGGUGGUACCGCGCUCCUGAAGUUUUGCUAAGAUCGUCUGUUUAUAGCUCACCUAUUGAUAUGUGGGCAGUUGGCAGCAUAAUGGCUGAGCUGUACACACUAAGACCUCUUUUCCCAGGCACAAGUGAAGUAGAUGAAAUCUUCAAAAUUUGCCAAGUGUUAGGGACUCCAAAGAAGAGUGACUGGCCAGAAGGAUACCACCUUGCUUCUGCUAUGAAUUUCCGUUUCCCACAGUGUGUCCCUAUAAGCCUAAAAACUCUCAUCCCAAAUGCAAGCAAUGAAGCAAUACAGCUUAUGAGUGAUAUGCUGAACUGGAAUCCAAAGAAGAGACCUACAGCAAGUCAGGCUUUGAAGCACCCUUACUUUCAAGUUGGCCAGAUUUUAGGACCUCCUCCACAGUAUCUGGAGAAGCAGACUCCUGUGAAACCAGUUCAGCCAACAGAGCCAAAGACAGCUUUACCUAAACUGGAAGCUGUAUCUCAGCCAGAACCUCUGUCUUCACCUGACAUACCUGACAAAACAGAGCCACAGCCCCUGUCAAAGGUUAACCACCAGCCUCUCCAGCAAAUUCAGUUGCCACAGAAUACAGCUAACCAGCAAGUACCAAAACAGCAGCAGCCACAGGCACCCUUUUUUCCAACAAUCAAUAAAAACUCAUUGCCAAAUCAAGCAGCUAGUGGCCCUCAGAAUGGUGCAGUAGGUCCUAAAAGCUGCAGAAGACGAUGGGGACAGACUUUGGUAAAGGCUAUGGAUAGCUGGGAUGACUUGGAUGACACUGAAUUUGGAAUGUCAUGUUCAAAGAAGCCAAGCAUUGCACUGUUAAAAGAAAAGAAAACCAAAGAGUAUCUUUUCAGUGUGCCAGAACCAAAAGCUUCAUGCUGUAUCCAGCCAGGAGGGGAAAAUAAGGUUCUGAUGAGAAAUGAUUCUGGAAGAUCAAAUACAUCAGCAAAGCAGUACUAUUUAAGACAAUCAAGAUAUCUACCUGGUGUAAACCCCAAGAGUGUCUCUCUAGUAGCAGUCAAUAAAGAAGGAUCCCAUGGAACCUGGAACAACCAGUUGUUUUCUAAGCCGCUGGCACAUGCUGGAGGAGGACUAUCUUUCAGCAGAAAUACUACAGAUGAGAACUUAAUUAUACCUAUCGAAAAGCUAUCAUGCAAAGAAAGGUUGAAUGAAAAAUUAGAGGAUCCAAAAGGAAAUCCUGGCUUUGUAAGUGGUGCUGCUUACAACUCAUCAGGAGUAUAUAUCCCUUCCUUUCAUAAAAAAGAAGCUGGAUCAGCUGGACAACGGAUACAGCUAGCUCCUCUUGGUGUACCUGUAUCAGAUUAUUCCUGGAAAACCAAAGCUGCUCGUGCUCAGUUACCAGGUCCAACUUUCAAUCCAGCAGCAAAAAACAUGACUAUUUUAACUCGCUCACCAACAAGUCAGCCAGUACAUGGAAGAACAGACUGGGUGGCCAAAUAUGGAGGAAACAGAUAGAAAAUGCCAUCCUGUAUAGAUAUUAUGUGAGCUGUGUUCAGUUCUCCUGCACUGGAAACCUGAUAUGCCUGUUUGCUCCAACUUUUCAUAAGACUAUGCAAUAGUAAAGAAGAAAAAAAAGACCUUGUGUUCCAUUACCCAUGGAAGAAAAAUAUAAUACAAUGUAAACCACUGUAAGUAGGCUAUAAAGUAGGAUUUAUUGAAGUAUUGUAUAACACAUAUUGCCAAAACUACUGAGAAUUAGAUUUCACUUGCUGUUUUUCUAGAGAUGGAUCUCCUGUCCUCAUACUCUUGAAACAACUGUUACUCGCCCAAUGCAACGUCCACUAGUGGCAUAGACUUGCUUUGAUGUACAAAAGCAGCUAGAAGCAGGGCUGAAGCAAAGCAAGCAGCACCAGGCUUUCAGGUAUUAGCCUGGUUUCUUAUCAGAAAGAUGAGAGUGAAAGCACAGAUCAGGCUUGGUGAAGAACACCAGGUUCAUAUCCAAGGCCUGCCAAACUCACUUGUACCUAAGAGUUACUUCGGGUCUGUAAUGUGCAAAUAUUUGUAAUAGCAGUGAAAACUUAACUCCCUGUAGUAUGACUUAAGCAGUCCACUGAUAAAUACCACACAAGAAAACUUGGUCCAUAUAUGGCCACAGAAUGAUACAGCAACAUUGGAAAAUAGCUAAACAAGUACUGAAAGCUAGACUUACCUCACCAAGCUGUGGUAAAGCCUAAAAAUUAGAUUCUAUUCUUAUAAUUAACUUAUGACCAUUUUUGGUCAAAGAUCUGUGGGUAUCUGUCUUGUUAAGGGUGUGUCACAGUGAUAUUUUAAGGAGCCUGAAUCACUGCAGUCUGUCAGUCAUUUUAAGGGUGAACUGGCCAAAAAGGUGUAAGUUAUCAGUAAACUCCUGUUUCUACAUGUCUUUAUUGGAUGACCAGACUAAACUACAGAAGCUUAAUGAGGUACAUGAGAGAGGAUAUUGGGCUGUUCUUCAGAGAUGCUGCUUUCUGGUUUAGAUCUUUAAGGCCAACUUAGUUACCUGAAAACACAUACAGACUUUAAUAACGGAAUACCUCAAUGUUUAUAUGUUCAUUCAGUACCUUCCCUGACAUAUAUCUUAAGUUUGAUAGUAAUAUCCCACAAAGGACCUUGCAGUGUACAAUAAAUUGUUUUUAGGAUGUUGAGCUCAGCUAAUUCUGUUAACAACUGCAUUUAGAAUAGAUGCUUUAGACUUAGUAGUUACAUUAAACAUGCCUUUUUAAAUUACAAAACUUGUAUGUUCUUUAAAGAUGUAAAGCUGUUAAUGAUUACUUUCAGUGUUGUAAAAAAAAAUGUCUUUGUAUAGCUUUUAUAACUGCAUAUAAAAAUGUAAAUUCCUGUUGUCGA